UCGCCAAGGGCAUCGUAUACGCAAGAUCUUGUUCAGUCACGCUACAUUCACGAUUGGCAGCAAGGAUCUCGUAGUAGCGAGGGAACUAGCACCAGGUUCGUACGAUUGUCCCGCCAGGAUUUCGACUUUUCUGUUCCUUGAAUCGUAGAGCUGGCCACGUGGUUACGCGAAUUGCGCAGUGGCAAGGUUUACGACUGGACAAGGCCUCGGACAGGGCAAAGUGAACAGGGUGUGCUGUAAGUAGUCGGCCAGGGGAUGCAACGUUCAGUGGGCAAGAAGCCUUCCUAUCUGAACCUUUGGCACGAGUUUUUGACCAUCCAGCCGAAGGCCAAACACCUGCCACCAUAUCCUUUUCACAAGUCGACCGGUAUUAUGAAUGUCUCGACCGUGUUUCCGGAAGGAUUUACUGAAAACGAGAGGCCACAACGUCAUGCAUCAGCGAGCGUGAAGGAUGACGAGGAGGUUCAGGAUAGAUACAAUCGUGCAAAAGACUUCGUCGGCCUCGAAGAGGUGACGAAGGUCGAGUUUCUGGUCAUGUUGUUCGCUGAGGCUCUUGGAACGUUUCUUCUGGUUCUGAUCGGUUGCGCAUCCUGCAUCACCUGGACAGCAGACAAUCCACCCACUGUGGUGCAUAUCGCGUUCACCUUUGGCCUGGCCGUCGCGAGUUUGGCACAUGUAUUAGGUCCAGUUUCAGGGUGUCACGUAAAUCCAGCGGUAUCAGUGGGUCUUUUAGUUAGCGGAAACUGCAGUUUUCUUAAAGCAUUGUGCUACAUAGUGUGUCAGUGUUGCGGUGCGAUAGCAGGUUCUGCAGUUUUGAAGGUAUUAAUUCCAGCAGAAUCAGCUCAUGGUUUAGGCGCCACAUCGUUGGGGUCAUCGGUCACUGAAAGCCAAGGAAUCUUCAUGGAAGCCAUCGUCACUUUUCUUUUAUUGCUGGUCGUCCAUGCUGUAACAGAUCCGAAACGAACGGACACCAAAGGAUGGGCACCAUUGGCUAUUGGAUUAACCAUCACCGUAGCUCACAUGGCUGCUGUUCCUAUAACAGGAAGCAGCAUGAAUCCUGCCAGGACACUGGGUCCAGCAGUGAUCCUGGAUCACUGGGAAAAUCAAUGGAUUUAUUGGGUUGGACCCAUUCUCGGUGCCUCUGUUGCUGGUGGACUUUACAAAAUGGCCUUCAGACGAAAGAAGGAAGACGACGAAGCGUCCUAUGAUUUCUAAAAAUGGAAUCUAAUUCGACUUGUCUCUUGUGUGAAAAAAAAAAAGAAACACACAACCGAAAU